GUUAGCAUUCAAAUAAAGUCACUUUUGCUUUGAAAGUGAAGAUGUCAGCGAAAUGCGUGGUCAUUGGCGGUUCUUUCUGCUUGAUCGUAUUCACUUGUGGCUUAUUGUUUUUGGAAUUUCCAAAUUAUCUCAACGCUCAAAAUUCACAAAGCGAAACAACUUUGACGUUCUCAAGUGUCCCGGAAAUGGUUUGCUACCUUCAAGAAGAUGCAAAUGAAGAUGAUAAUCGCCCUUCGCUGCAAUCGUUUCUGCAAGCAUCGUCAACUAACGAGGACCAAGAUCUUCGUUUAAGUGGCCUAGCAGUGCUUUCCAAACUGGCCAAUGCCUGCCAACCUCUAGUUGAUGUAAACAAGGCGAAAAUGCAAAUCAACAAAAUCGCUCUCGUCAGUGUUGAGRACAUGACGUUAUCACACUCGAAUGGCUCAGACGGAAGAAGAAAUUCUGUUGCGUGACUGGCAUAUCACAACAAGUCGUUGAGGAGUCCACAGUUGGCAACGCGGAAACUGAGGAGAGUCAGGAACAGAACAUACACGACAUCACUGGUGAAGGAAAUGAAGAUGAAUCACAACCUUUGAUCAUUAUAAUGGACGCUAACGCUGCUUCGACAAGAAAUGACAACGUUGGUAGAUGUAGAAUUGUAGUUUCCAUGACGAGGAUAUUUGGAAAAGGUAUUCGCUACCUAACUGUUUGUUUUGGUUAUGUGAUUCUCGCUCUGGCAGCGCUCCCUGUAGGUCUUUCGAGUGGGGGAUGGUCUUUUUUUCGAUUUGAUGAGCGAGAAAGAGUUAGGCAAGAUAAUUUUUGGGAUGAUUUUCUCUCCUAUAACGGAACCUCACCAGAUUUGAUUUUCCUUUUGCCACCUUCCAUUAUAUUCGCCAGACGAUCUCAGCUGAUUUCACUCGCUCUCGCGGUAUGGUGGCCAGUUUUUCAAAUCUAUUGUUUUUUUAUGUACAGUAAGCUUGUCUGUAAAAGUACUUGGACCGUUUCGACAAACUUCACAAAGCUGAUUCGAAGUGAUUGGUUUUCAUCCAACAUAUACUUGCUCGUUUUGUGCUUCGUUGUACCGUACUGUUCUCACGGCCAAAUUCAAAUUGCUUACCUUUCUGAUAGAUUUUUCUAUUUUACAGUGUACAAUUUAAUGUACACAGUUUGCAAUUUUCUUUUUAUUAUCAUUCUCAACAAGCACAAAGUUGUCACACGGUAUAUGUUCUACAUCAGUGUAUGUAUGAUCUGUGCUUAUGUUGAAAGUGACAUAGUAGCAGUGUUUUAUUUCAUUCUCAAUUCCCAAGGAGCCCUUAACAACUUAAAACUCACUGCUCUUCGCACGUUAGCACUUGGCCU